AGGGCAGUAUUGUUACUACAGGGCAGUAUUGUUACUACAGGGCAGUAGUAUCUCUACUGGUCUUUAGAAGGAAGCGUCGUGUCCCAACAACGCGUCUCCGUCUAUUUUUUUUCUCCCUCCCGCCACGUUUUUCUCCCCCCUCUGCUCUCCGUACGGGAGGGGGAAAGGGGGACAAGGACGCGAGACGAAUGGACGCCGCUGCUAAGGACGGGGAACUGCUGGGGGUGAUCUGAGCCGGAACAGCCUGCCAGGAACAGCCUGCCAGUCCAGUCCAGUGUGCCGGUGGACAUUAGCAGGCUGCGCACGCUGCCUCCAGGACACCGGCCCCGGAUCACCGACAUGCCGGCUGGCCCUGAGCCAGGGAGGAGGAGGAACCGCACGGGCGAAUGGACGGACUGUACGCGUUGGCUGCUGCCGCAGAGACAGUAACCGUUCCCCGGUGAGAGAUCCGCUCAUUCACGGUCAGAAUAUGGAGGUUUUAAACGCGACCUUGUUCACCGUGGCACCGGUUCCCGCUGUCCUGCAGCUUCCUGGGUAAAAAAAAAACCCACUCCCGAAGUGGUGGGUUUGGAUAAAUGUACAAGGAGGUGCAUUUGGGAUGAAGGAGCAGGAACAAUAGAAAGCACCCAGCAGAACCCCCCCCCCGAACACACACACUGCAGUAUGGCCCGAAUGACCUACUUACCCAAGAGGGCUGCAGGCGGAUCAUAUCCUCGAAGACCUUCUCCUUUUUGUUGUUUCAACCAUCAUAUCAUGAUCGACGUGGGAUGUGUUGAGUCUUGACGCACAGUAAGAAGUGGCCUUGCUAUUUUUAUCUUGUUUUUUCCCCUUUUUCUGGUUCUUAAAAGCUGCUAUGCAUAGAAGACACUGAAUGUGCACUGUAAAGAACUCCACACCACUUCCUAUGCAAGAGAAGAAGAAGAGGCAGAACCCAGCAUGAAGAGCACUGAUCAUUAAACUCAGCCGGUGCAUGUUUUGCUGACCUUUUGGACCUUUCUGAGGGUCAAGAGGUAAGCCGAAGGUGGGGGGGAGAAAUCAGUCUAAACAAGGCUCCAUGUCCUGUAUUUCACCACCCUGCUGUUCGCUCUCGCAGCCCUGUUGGACCACAGUUCCUCUGACUCAGAACUGCAGGCUUAUGUAAAUGCUUCAUGAUAUUGGUGCUCUUGUAGAACAGCUAGCUCAUGAAGUCUGCCGUGAAAGUUGGAAUCAAAGUUUGAAGUCCUUUUAAGUUAGAGCUGCCCUUGAUGCCUUAUCCAUCCACAAUCAAAAGGGUAUUGACCCUGGGCUGGGUAUUAUUUUUAGCUAUGCUGGGAUCAGCAGAAAAGUCCUUCCCUGAGCAAUAAAACAACAAAAGAAUAUAUUGCCAGCACAGACCAAAAAAACGAAACCAAGAAAAAACAUCGAGGUCUAAAAAAGGAAUUUUGGUAAGCGGUAACAUAGACGGUUCCCAUUAUGUUUUUGAAUUGUGGACAACCUCUGCCCCUUCUGAGGCACACAGAUGUGCCGCCCCGCGUCACCGAGAACUUCAUCCUGACCGGCUACCGUUUCCCAAACUACAGCCUGCGAGACUGCCUUCUGUCGGCGUUCCGUCCCACCAAUGAAACUGGCAACUUCUGGACGCACUUCCUCCCAGUGUUCAUCUUUGCCUAUUAUUUUGUGGAGGUGUUCGGCUGGGAAGGUGCGCCACCAGGUGACGACCCAUUCUUCUACCCACUUUGGAACUACUUCAUCGGUGUGUUCUGUCUGCUUAUGGCGAGCAGCAUGGCCCAUCUGCUUAACUCCAUGUCUCUCGUUGUAAGAGAGGUCUGUUUUUUUGUGGAUUAUGGCACCAUAAGUGCCUACACGGUUGGUUCGUCGUUGGCAUACUACUAUUAUAUUCACCCUCGGGCAGGGAUUCUGGAGAUAGGAGCAGGAGGGUACAACAGCUCCAAACUGGGCUUGGACCUAAAGCACCUUACUGCGGAAGCUGUCGCAUCACCUUCACCUGUGUCGUAUGCAAUGCUGGAGGCUAGCACAUUCUUCGAGAUGUUCUACAUCCCUAGCUCCUGUGUGGUAGCCAUUAUUUGUGUCCUAUCCUGCUGUAACACCCGUCAGCGAUGGAGGAAGUACCGGUAUGUCAUCCGGACCCUUGUUUUCCUCCUGCCCUUCCUCGUCUCCUCCACGCCAGUCUUCUACCGCCUCCUCACCAAGUCCCCUUACUCAACCGCCUCCUCUUCCUUUGCUGCCUCUUCCUCCACGCCCAUCUUCUUUUACCGCCACUGCUUCUGGCUGGUGGUGUCAGCCAUCUUCAACAUAAGCAAGAUCCCAGAGCGCCUAGCCCCGGGUAGGUUUGACAUCUGGGGUCACAGCCACCAAUGGUUCCACUGCUGCACGUUUUUGUCUAUCCUGGAUGAACUUCAUAUGAUAAAGGCAGAGGUGAGAGCCCUUCUGCUCCAUCCGGCUCUCAUGCUAGCCUCUUCAGCCCCAUCGCGCCUGCCGGGACCCACCAUAGCUUCCACCUAUGGGGUGAUGCUUCUCCUGCAGACCACCAUUGCCUCCAUUAUCGUGUGGUUCUCCUGGUGUGCCAACCGCAUCUAUGGACCUCAGAGAGACCAACUGGCAAAGGAGCAUCUCAAGAAACAUCUGAAAUGUCACUGAUGAUGAAAACACUCAGUGUUGCAAUAUCUCAACAAUGCUAACACAGUUGACUAAAGGUUUUGCACUUCGACCAAGAGCCAUGUUUCAAAGCUAAAAUAACGCACACAAGUGGAGGAAGGAGGAUUAUUUUUUUCACUUUCCUUCCUCAUUGCAGGUCCCUCAGUGACUGCCACGUGGUUCAGUGCCUGUGAGAGAGCUUUUCAGGCAUUCUCGGGGGGAAAUUGGGAACAACAUGAGAUGAAAGGAUUAUAUUUUGAGUGCGGCACGUGAUGGUUGUCCAGUGGAGUGGAUACUGGAAUACCCCGUCUUCAGCCCCCUGAGUAGUCCCAGCAAGUUCUAACAGGCUGUUCCAACAAGGGGGAGAUAAUUUCCCUCCCUCAAGGGGUCAGUCUGGAGACCGAGGACCGAAGCUGGUUCAUAACAUCUGAGCGAAGUGUCGUGAUCAACUUUGACAAAACAAAAAACCUCUUGCGAUGUUUAUAAUAGUGUAUCCCACCAAACCUUGCUUCCUGCACCCCCCCCACACACACACACACACACACAAUCUGACCUUAAUCUUUGUCUUUAGCAUCUUAUCUGUCAUGUUUUUGGUGGAACCACUCUCCAUCAUGCAACCCAUUUCUCUGGCAUACAUGCACAGAAUGACACGCACACACAAACACACACGCACAAACUCAUUUCCUGUUUAACCCCCCCCCCCAUUUCAAAGUCUCGCAGCAGGAAGUGGGGUGGCCUGGCCGACAGAACAGAAAUAGCUCAGACCUCCAAUCAAUCUUCAGCAGUGAAGCACUUUCAGAGGCCUGGUGGCCACACUUGACUUGUCAUUACAUUUAAAGAAGCCAUGCUUGUUUGUUCUAACUUUUAAUGAUGCGUACAUUUCUAGAGCGGGGAGUUUUGUUGCCGUUGUAGGCGUCCUCGCAGUGCAAUGAUGUAUGUCGGUCAUCACACUGAAUGCUGGUGUUUCUUUUUAGAUGGGCCAGGGGUCAGACCCUGCUGUCUGGGGUGGGCGUAGUUAAUAAUAACUUGCUAGAGGAAAGUGAGUGCAUGGUGGUACUGUAGUUCAUAUCAUCAGGAACCUCCUGGAAAGUUUUGCACUUGACCAGUCGGGUUAGUUCACGGAUGCAAGUCGCCCACGUAGAUGUAAGGCUAACCUCAGCUGGGAAACACCAUCUACUUAUGCAGCUGUAACCGGAUGAAGCCAACCUCCACCUCACACUGAACACUUAUUUAGGUCGUAGGAGUCUAAAGCCAAUCAUAUCAUGCCCAAGCCCACAAAUUAUUAGUCUUGUUUCAUAUUCUUUUCAAAUACCCGGUUCAAAUGUGACUGUCCUCUGUCUUUAUUUCCGUGUCUUGAAUGAAAGGAAAGCGGUGCUGUAAAACAUGAACAUCUUAUGAUGACUAGAGAGCUGUCAUAGAUCCGCUGGAUAAAACUGUGGAACUGUUGAAUCGGACUGUCCGUCUGUUUGCAUUGCACCUUGUGUUCCACCGUACAUGACAGGGAUGGGGAACGCUAACAGCAAUAACUCAGCUCUCCUCCUUUGACUGCAGAACUCUGCAGUGUUGUAGUGACAGGGGGGACUUGUCUCUUGCCAGAGGGUCUAGAGUCAAACCCUAGAUAGCGUCCGGAUGUGGGCCACUUCAGGCAAUGAUGCGGCACUGAGGGCCGUCUUCUGGCCUUGGCAAAAUGGAUGUGAGCCUGAAGUGGCCCACAUGUAUAAUGGCCAAUAUGGCCCAAAUAUCCCAAAACAAAUAUGGGCCACCUUUGGCAAAUAUGUGGCCCAUGCAGCAUUGCUGUGGCUUGGUUCUGGCCCAGAUCUGGCGAACAGGAGCGGACCGCCCAAGUGUUAUCAUCCCAUGCGGUAUGUGGGCCGGGUGAAAGUGUUGGGUGUGGGACGGGUUCGGGCCACAGCAAUUUUGCUAUCUGGGACAGGAGCUACUUCGCACUAAGCACUACCAGCUAACUUGUGCUGAGAUGGCUGUCCAGUAGGACCCUGAAACAAACCAGCUGCAUUCCUGUGCUCUGCGGCUAACGCGGAGGCCAGUACGACACAAGUACCAAAUACCCGCUUCAAAUACCCGCUUCAAAUGUGACUAUCCUGUGUCUUUUUGCCCGUGUGUUGAAUGAAAAGCAAAACAGUGCUGUAAAACACAAACCUUUCUUUCGGUCCGUAUGAUUAUCAGAGCGCCGUCAUAGAUGCUUUGGUUGAAACCGUUGAAUCUGAGCGUCUGCCUGUGUUUGCACUGUACCUCGUGUUCCCCCGUAGAUGACGGGGGUGGGGAACGCUAACAAUAAGAGCUCAGCUCUACUCCUUUAUUUGCAGAACUCUGCAGCGUUGUAGUGACAGGGCAGACUCGUCUCUUACCAGAGGGUCUCGAUUCUAACAGGAACUACUUCACGCCGAGCAUUACUAGCUAACUUCUGCUGAGCUGGAUGUCCAGCGGGACCCUGAAAGAAACCAGCGGCCUUCCUGUGCUCUGCGGCCGACACGCAGGCCAGUACGACACGAGUAUUUCCAUCCUGGUGAUCGUAGAUGAGCAGGAGUAGAAUGGAUGUCGCCCGCUCCUCUGCUCUGAGAGCUUCUGCGCGGGUAGACCGGCCUCCAGGUGUCCAGAGGCGCUGAAGGGAGUUUUCAUGUGGCCAGAGUCCAACUCAGUGUUGUUCCACAUGGCAUUGUUAACCUACUUGUCAAACUUCAGAUUUUUAUAUGUGCGUUUGAUUCAGUCUAACGUAGUGAGUUUUACAUGUGUGUAACUCUUAUUCUGUCUUGUUGGGUUAGAACUAGAUACGCGUAUGAGUAUUUGUACUACGUGAGUAGUUUGCACAUUUACCUGCGUCUCAAUGCACUCGGUUGCACAACUGAAUAUUUUGAAUUCUUGGAUUUCAGAAAAAAAGAGGCUGACUAGUUCUUUAUGAACGCAGUAGGUUUUUAGAGGACCACGUUUAACUGGUUUUGAUAAUCAUCCAUGUAUGGUGCACUUUAAAGCUGUGUAAAGCUGAACCUGUCCCUUUAAGGGUAGAUCCUGCUGUACUGUAUGUUCUCAGCCACCUUCAGGUGACGGGAGAGGAGGCGGGCUUCUGCAGACCUGGCGGGUCCUGCUGGAGCACGGACGUCCUCCAGACCUUCUCCACGCCUGUCUAGACUGGGCACACCACACUUGAACCUGUACCUUUCCAGUAUGUGAAUGUUAAGGCUGCAGACCGCUGUACUUACCUAGUAACAUACUCAGGGCUGAUAGAAGAAGGAUGCUCAUAUUUGAUUUACAGCUGUGGUUGAUUAUUACCAAAGGAUAAUCGCGUGAGUCCAUCCUAAUUUGUAGUGAUUGCAAAAAUGUUAUCCUUCCAAAAGCUCCAUUGCUGUGAGAAUGAAUAUAGAUUGAUCAAGUACAGAUAAUGUCUUUUUUCUAAUAAAGGAUAAUACAGA